AAACAGAGUGAGGGGCGCAACAAUAUGAUGGACCUUUUCGAGACCAACAGUUAUCUUUUUAAUGAUUUGCGCUAUUUGGAGGAAGCAGAUCAUGGACCACUACAACACUUGGACAUAGCGGGGGUUUCCCCUCUGUACAACGGUAAUGACAGCCCGCUGUCACCCGCAGGCCACGACAAUGUCCUGUCCAGCGGGGAUAGCAGCGGGGAGGAGCACGUCCCUGCGCCUCCGGGUCUCCGAGCGCAUUGCGAGGGCCAGUGUCUCAUGUGGGCCUGUAAGAUCUGCAAGAGAAAGACGGCUCCCACGGAUAGGCGCAAGGCUGCGACGCUCAGGGAGAGGAGGAGGCUUAAGAAGAUCAACGAGGCCUUCGACGUGCUGAAGAGGAAGACCGUGGCCAAUCCCAACCAGAGACUACCCAAAGUGGAAAUUUUACGCAGCGCCAUCAGCUACAUUGAGAGGCUGCAGGAGCUGCUGCAGACGCUGGACGAGCAGGAGAAAAAAGAAAGCAACGUGGCCGGUGAUGAGUGCCUCUGGAAGAAAUCCUCUGAGGCCUGGCCAACCUCUGCUGACCAUUCCACUGCAGCAAUGAACCAGAGAGAUGGAACCAGUGAGUCUUCUGCAUCCUCCAGCCUCCUGCGGCUCUCCUCCAUCGUGGACAGCAUCGCCAACGACAACUUCAGUGAGGAUGUCUCAGAAAACUGAGAUAUUAAUGAACGACAUUUUUAACGUUAUAAAUUUUGUUGUUGUAAUUAUGUCAUUUGUACAGGAAGAGCAACAGAUUUGUACAUAUUAUAUGUUAACAUGAAGUUUAGCUGUAUUUAU